UAUGAUGAUAACAUGUAUAUGGGCACUAGUUAUCCACUUAUGAUUAUUAUGAACAUGAAGCCCUUCUUACCCACAUUGUCUUUUCUGGCUGUGCUAAUUCCAGUAUCAUGAUGUUACAGCUACAAGAAUAACAAUGAAGAUAUCGAGAGCAGUUAGUUAUAACUUAUACAUUGGAAUCUCAUAUAAAUAUGCAGUAGCUCCAACUCAUUGACACAACUAUGUCAAAGGUGUUUGGUAGAAACAUUUUUGUGAUGCAAAAUUUGUUGCUGCUAAAUUAUUUUUGGAAUUUUCUGAUUUGGCAGAACUAUGAUCAAAUAAAAGUUACAUAUUUAAAAGAAGUCAAUAUAUAUUUUACACCUAAAUAUUCGAAGUUUUUCAAAUCAGCUAAAUGUCAAUGGAAAAAAAAAUGUCCUCCCUACAUCAUGCAUUAGCUUUUAUGUGACUUAUUAUGUCAAAUUCUAUGGAAUUUGACCAAAUUAUUUCACAAACAUUUAAGAUUUGCCUCAUGGUUAUACAAAAUAUAAACUUUAAGUCUUCUUUUAUAGAAUCCAACUAAAAUAUAAACAUGUAAAAGUCAAACUAUGUAAACUGAUAACGAGUUAACAAAGGAGGAAUACUUUUUUUGGAGGGUCUCCAGUCCCUUGGUAAGAAGAAGGACCCUACUAGACCAACACCUCGCUCGGGUCAGCCAGCCCAACUACAGGUCAACGCUUGAGAGUAGGGGAUAUAAGGAAAUCCCUAUUCCCAAAGCACAAGUAGGUAGUGGGUUUGAACUUAUGACUUCCAAGUUACAAGGUGAGUCUCCAUCAACUCCACUAAACAAGCUUGGUUACGGAGGGAUAUUUAUCCUGUAACAAAACCUGCUUUUUCCCACUUAACCAUGUUAUACGAUUAUGCACUCUUCUUGUAUUUUAAAUCCUCUUUUCUGGGUUUCUAACCAAGAGUUUUAAAUAGAGUUGAAAUUAAUGAUCUUUGUCAUGUUUUGCUUAAGAUUAUAUGCAACCGGCAUAUAGUCUAUGAGUUCUAACCUACUAUAAUUGUAUGUGCUUGGUUGGACCAAACAUAAAUCUUCCUUAACUCCUUAUAACAAAAUUAUCUUCACAGCUCACAUGGUGUAUGUAUUUCUUAAGAAGUUCACGGUCUUAAACUUCAUAUUAUGAGUGGUUAUGAUUAAUUAUUAGUUCCUUUGUGUUCUUUUCCCCUUUUCUUGUGAGAUUAGGUGGGUAUUAGUUGAGGUUGAAGAGAAUAUUAUUUUGGUAAGAUCUCUCAAACUCAACAGAAGUCAAACUCUGCAUGGCUUAAAUAAUCAUCCCACUCUCCCUUUUGUAGUAUUAUGCAUCACAACAUACUAUUAUACUAAAGCAAAAGACAUUAUAGCAUACUUUCCUCCUUAAACUCCUUCCUAAACACAUCAAGUAUUAAUAAAUGACUGCGAGGAAGAUAUAGAUCGGGAUUUUAAUGACGGAUAAAACUUGGUUGAUCCAAUGAGUAAUUCACUAUUACUAAUAGAAUAUAAUGUAAGGUGGAAUCCAACUCAACAUCAACAAUUAUAUUUUUUGAUCGAUUAGGAGUGGUAGUCCACCCAGUGGAUAGAUGUAGUUAUAUCCUUAAUGAACAUUAGUUAAUUGUAUCCAAAAUUAGAAUUUGACUAAUUACUACUCUAAUUACAUGGAGAACUAAAAUUUAGUAAGUCAAACUAUCAUGAUAUUAUGAAUUAUCUAGUAAAUAUAUAAAGAACUUUAUAAAUCAGCUUUGACAAAAAAAAAAAAGUUCUUAAAAUGACCUCAUUUCAAUUGAAGUCAAAUUAUUUUUUAAGUUCAAUCAUUUAAUGGAAUCUUGUGCAAAUUGGGAUCAAAAAUUUCAAGGACAUCCCAAUCCUAUAUAUUUAGGUUAUAGAGUGGGCCUUUUACCUAAGCUUAUUUGUCUGUUUAAUCAAUCAGCAUAUUCCUCUUCUAUAGCUCCAUACUUCUUGCCAUAAUAUUUUUAACUUUCAGAAACAUGCAUGUAGCAAAAUUCCAAUAUGACAGAACAGAAAAACUGAACCUGCCCCAUUUUCUUAAGCAACUAAAAAGCUUCUUUUAAAGUCUCCCUCAUUUUCAGUGCAAUCUUGUCAAUGCAUAUAUAUACAUCCUCUCAAAACCAUCAUCCUCAUCCAACUUAUCACCUGGAAACAAUUUCUUUUCAUUUUCACCCUUCUCUUUCACUGUUUGGAUUCUGAAAAUGCACAGUUUUCUGAUUUGAUAACUCUGAAAAAACAUAGUAUAUCUCAAAAUGGACAUUUUUAAGAUGUCUCAUUUGAUGCUUCUUUUCUAUGUUAUCUUCAAUGUUUUUCUUUCUUACACUACUGCUCAGAAUUCUGGUGAUUCAUAUUGGCUAUUAAGGAUCAAAUCCAGUUUUGUUGAUCCUGAUAAAACUCUCAGUAACUGGUCUUCAGCAACAAGUGUCUGCAGUUGGAAUGGGCUUACAUGUUCAGAUGAUCAAAGUCAUGUGAUAAGCAUGAACCUUUCGAGUUCAGGGCUUUCGGGUGUUAUAUCACCUGAUUUUUCACACCUCACUUCUCUUCAGACUCUUGAUUUAUCAUCGAAUGCACUCUCAGGCCGUAUUCCUAGUGAGCUCGGCCAUCUUGAGAAAUUAAGAGAGCUCCUUCUAUACUCUAAUUCUCUUUCUGGUAACAUCCCACAUGAGCUUGGGCUUCUGUCUAAGCUGGAGGUUCUUAGGAUUGGGGACAACCUGUUAAGUGGGGAAAUCCCAAGAAGUCUUGGCAGCUUGACUGAACUGAAAGUUCUAGGCCUUGCUUAUUGCCAGUUGAACGGAAGUGUCCCAUCUGAGAUAGGUAGAUUGCGGAAUUUGGUGUCUCUCGAUUUGCAACACAAUGCUCUUGUGGGCCAAAUUCCGAAAGAGAUUGGUGAAUUUAAGAAGCUGCAGAAUUUUGCAGCCUCCAACAAUUUGCUCAUAGGAGAUAUACCUUCAUCGAUAGGUAAUCUUCAUUCAUUAGAAAUUUUAAACUUGGCUAACAAUAGUAUCUCAGGUAUGAUUCCUACAAAACUAGCAAGUUUGCAAGAAUUGAAGUACUUAAAUCUGCUAGGAAACAGAUUAAGUGGUGCAGUCCCUUCAGAACUUAACCUGUUAAAUCAGCUAGAAAAGCUUGAUUUAUCAGGAAAUAACCUCUCAGGAUCUCUCAAUCUCUCCAUUUCAGAAAUGAAGAAUCUGGAGGUUCUUAUUCUCUCGGAUAACCACUUAACUGGUGGCAUUCCUGAGAAGUUCUGCAUGAAUAAUUCAAAGUUGCAGACCCUUUCUUUAGCAGGAAACAGUUUCUCAGGAAAUUUUCCCAUGGAGUUGUUCAACUGUUUCGCGCUUCAACACCUAGACCUUUCUGAUAACAACUUCCAAGGGGAGUUACCAUCUGAGAUUGAUAAACUUGCAUUUUUAACUGAUCUUUAUCUCAACAACAACAGCUUCAGCGAGGAGCUACCUCCUGCGAUUGGCAAUUUGAGUAACUUGGAGUUUCUUUCAUUGUAUGGAAACAAACUCACAGGGAAAAUUCCUGCAGAAAUAGGGAAGCUAAACAAGCUAAGAGUGCUCUACCUGUAUGAUAACCAUAUUUCAGGUAACAUACCAGAUGAGUUGACAAACUGUACCGGCUUAACAGAGAUUGAUUUCUUCGGAAACCAAUUUUCUGGGUCGAUUCCUAAUGCAAUUGGGAAGCUAAAAAACUUGGUUUUGCUUCAUUUGAGGCAAAACGAGUUGUCCGGGCAAAUUCCUCCUAGCUUAGGUGACUGCACAAAGCUCCAGAUGUUGGCCUUAGCCGAUAACAAACUAUCAGGGUCGAUUCCAACAACAUUCAGUUCUUUGUCAGAGUUAAGUCUCAUCACCCUUUAUAAUAAUUCUCUUGAAGGCCCUUUACCUGAAUCUCUAUUCCUCUUGAAGAAUUUAAGUAUUAUUAAUCUAUCUCAUAAUAAGUUGAAUGGAAGUGUUUUUCCAUUAACAGGUUCAACCUCUCUUACAGUGUUAGAUUUGACUAACAAUCAUUUCUCUGGUUCAAUCCCUUCUAGACUAGCCUUGUCUAGGAAUCUUGUCCGUGUUCGUCUAGCAAGUAAUUUUCUAUCUGGAUACAUACCUCUCGAGUUUUCCCUUCUCGAACAGCUAGUUUUUCUUGAUCUAUCUUCUAACAAUUUAUCAGGAGAGCUAGCUGUUAGUCUUACAAAUUCCACAAAACUCGAACAUCUUAUGCUGAACAAUAACCAUCUUUCUGGAAAUAUUCCUACCUGGUUAAGGAACCUAAAAGGGUUAGGAGAACUUGAUUUAUCUUCAAAUAACUUCAAUGGAACAGUACCAAAAGAACUUGGAAACUGCUCUAAUUUACUCAAACUUUCUCUUCAUAACAACAAAUUAUCUGGCCAAAUACCUUCAGAAUUAGGAAAUCUGUUUUCUCUGAAUGUCCUCAAUCUUCAAAGCAACAACUUAUCUGGCACAAUCCCUUCAGAAAUCCAGAAUCUCCAGAAGCUAUUUGAGCUUAGACUCUCUGACAACUUCUUGACAGGUAAAAUACCAGUUGAGUUAGAAAAACUUACUGAACUUCAAGUGAUCUUAGACUUAAGUCAUAACCAGUUGUCAGGGGAGAUUCCUCACUCACUUGGAAACCUCAUGAAACUCGAGCGAUUGAAUCUCUCGAAUAACCAUCUUCAAGGCCGAAUACCUUCCUCACUAGGCAAGCUCUCGAGCCUUCAUAGUCUCGAUCUUUCUCAUAACCGUCUCCAAGGGAAAGUUCCAUCUACAUUCUCAACAUUCCCUCUGAGUGCCUUUGUGGGCAACAGAAGGCUAUGUGGGGCUCCAUUAGAGUCUUGCUCUAGUUCUUCGAGGAAAUGGUUGCCAAAGAGUGAAGUUGGUGUGAUCAUAUUUGCUAUUGUUUUCACAGCAGCAGUUGCAUGCUUGGUAAUGAUCUAUAUCAUGUUGAGAAUAUGGACUACUUGGAGAAAAGUUGCUGUAUCUAAUAAUGAAGGGUUUGGGAAUGAAAAUAAAGGCCAAGAUCAAGAGAAAUGGGUGUGUUAUGGAGGUGAAAAAAGGAAAGGUGGGUAUUGCAAAAUGAACUCCAAGAACAUGGCUCCUUCACCAGAUAAACAAAUAUUUACUUCAGAAUGUGUGCUCAAAAAAUGAGCAUUACUCAUUAGCUUGUUAAUUUUUAUUUUUUUUCACAUGUAUAAAUUCCUCUUCUCUUAUAAUUCUUGUCAGUUCAGUGAGGAAAAUUUAGUUACUGGAUUUAGAGUCUCGUGUUCUAGAGAUGUGUAAAAAUUCAUUUUCAGUUUGGUGAUAAUUGAUGUUUUUUUCUUUA